AUGUAUGGAGCACAGUCAGGUAAUAUGAUGGUAGCAGGUACCCAGUAUAAGUACAAGUCCAGUGCGCCGCUUUCAGAUAAGACGAGCAAGACAAAUGGGAUGUACGUCUGUCAUUAUUGUGACGCUUCCUUCCGUAUAAGAGGUUAUUUGACUCGUCAUAUAAAGAAACAUUCCAUUGAAAAGGCUUACCAUUGUCCUUUUUACAACGAACAUCAGCCAUCUGAAUUGAAAUGCCACAACUCCGGUGGAUUUUCAAGGCGAGACACGUACAAGACACAUCUCAAAUCUAGACAUAUUUUAUAUCCUAAAGGUGUGAAACAGAACGAACGUAAUAAAUCCACUGGACAUUGUGCACAGUGCGGCGAGUUCUUCCAAAACCUAGAUCACUGGGUGGAAACACACAUAGAAAGUGGAGAAUGUACUGCAUUACCUUCAAAUUAUGUUAAGAAGCAAACUCGUAAUCUCAAUACCAAAUUGAAACAGCUACCCAAUAACAGAUACAUAUCCAUGGAUGAGGAUAAAGAGCUACCUUUACCUCUAGACAUGGAACAAUCUCCAAUAGACAUCUCUAAAUAUCCAUUGGACUAUUUUAUUCAACAACCAACCAAAAAAAGUCACACCGUAGACACUACGGUUUGUCUGAACACCAUGAAAGGGACGAUCGAAUACCUCAACAUGUAUAAUGACUAUUUCAAUACAGAUGUAUAG